AAAAAGGCCAUCGUUCUCUAUAGCCAAAGUCUUCGCCUUUGACCCUUUCCCUUCUUCCUCAUCAGUCAUGAUACUGCGAUUCUUGUAUAUUGGAUUCCGAUGAUGCUCCCCAGAAGCCAGGAGUAGGUUGAUACUGGGAUUCGAUCCUCAUGGGCUUGUGCAACUCCACCCCUACCAAGGUCAGCGGCUCCAGUGGAGCCGCCGCCACCCCUCCCACCAACCGUGAUCCGGCCAAGACAGAGGAGCCCCGUGAUCGAGAGAAUGGCCGCGGGAAACGCCCCACUGGAACCAUUCCCUGCGGAAAGAGGACCGAUUUUGGGUACGCAAAGGACUUCCAGAAUUGCUAUAGUGUUGGGAAGCUCUUGGGGCAUGGCCAAUUUGGGUAUACCUUCGUCGCCACCGAUAAGGCCAAUGGCGAUCGGGUUGCUGUCAAGAGGAUCGAUAAGAAUAAGAUGGUCCUUCCAAUUGCUGUUGAGGAUGUUAAGCGAGAAGUAAAUAUACUUCAAGCCCUAAAAGGUCAUGAAAAUGUUGUCAACUUCCACAAUGCUUUUGAAGAUGACACAUAUGUGUACAUUGUUAUGGAGUUAUGCGAAGGUGGUGAACUGCUGGAUCGAAUAUUAGCCAAAAAAGAUAGCCGGUAUAGUGAGAAAGAUGCUGCUAUUGUUGUACGUCAGAUGCUUAAAGUUGCAGCUGAAUGCCAUUUGCAUGGUUUGGUACACCGGGAUAUGAAGCCUGAGAAUUUUCUUUUCAAAUCAACCAAAGAGAAUUCACCUCUUAAGGCAACAGACUUUGGCCUCUCUGAUUUUAUAAAACCAGGAAGGAAAUUCCGUGAUAUCGUUGGCAGUGCCUAUUAUGUUGCUCCAGAAGUGUUGAAACGGAAAUCAGGACCGGAGUCAGAUGUUUGGAGCAUUGGUGUUAUCACCUAUAUUUUACUUUGUGGAAGACGUCCCUUUUGGGACCGAACUGAGGAUGGAAUCUUUAAGGAGGUCCUAAAGAAUACGCCUGAUUUUCGUCGGAAGCCCUGGCCAAGCAUAAGUGACAGUGCAAAGGAUUUUGUUCAAAAGUUGCUUGUAAAGGAUCCUCGAACAAGGCUGACUGCUGCUCAAGCUCUAUCCCACCCCUGGGUCAGAGAAGGAGGAAAUGCAUCAGAUAUUCCAAUAGAUAUAUCUGUUUUGUCCAACAUUCGCGAGUUCGUGAAAUUUAGCCGUUUCAAACAAUUCGCGCUUAGGGCAUUAGCAACUACCCUUGAUGAAGGGGAGCUGGCUAAUCUUCGUGAUCAGUUCAAUGCAAUUGAUGUCGAUGGAAAUGGUUCAAUUAGCCUUGAGGAAAUGAGACAGGCUCUUCAGAAAGAUCUCCCUUGGAAACUGAAGGAACCGCGUAUCUUAGAGAUUCUUCAAGCUAUCGACAGUAACACAGAUGGAUUGGUUGAUUUUCACGAGUUUGUUGCGGCAACUUUACAAGUUCAUCAGUUGGAGGAACAUGACACUGCAAAGUGGAAUCUACGUUGUCAAGCUGCUUUUCAGAAAUUUGAUGUCGAUAAUGAUGGAUUUAUCACUCCGGAAGAACUAAGAAUGCACACAGGGUUGAGGGGAUCAAUCCUCCCGCUUCUGGAGGAGGUUGACAUUGACAAGGAUGGUAAGAUAAAUUUGUCCGAGUUCCGCAGGCUUCUAAGAACCGCAAGCAUGAGCAAUCUUCCCAGCCCUGCAGGCAUCCGAAACCCUCAAAAGCUUUAGAUAACACUGGAGAUCUGCAUUCGUCAAGCUCGUUUACAACCACGAUGAUCAUCAAAUAUUUCUCACCCAAAGAAUAAAAUAGUAUUGGCUUUUGCGCAGUGUCAUGUAACUGCAAGGUAAGUUGUUCUGCGAGGUUUGGUUACCAUUCAGCUUUCUCUUUGUACAUCCUUUCUGCCCUUUCGUAAUGGGUUUCAUUUGUGUGAUCUAGUGUAGAUUAGUUAAAUUUGAUUGUGCCAUGUUGUUUCUCUUCUAUAUAUCUUGAAUGAACCAUAAAUUAAACUUUCUUGGUUUUCCUUGAAAAUGAAACCUGGAAGUUUUAUUGCUUAUCAAUGCAAAUCACUUGAUGGACUUUUGUUUGUGACCA